AAAAGAGUGUGAGAGACCAUCUUUCCUAGGAUGCACUGCGGUGCGUCAAGCUUCACUUCCCCUUAGGCUGAGGGAAGGAUACGGGGAAGCUUGGUAAGAUGCUGAGUUAAAGGGAAUGGGUGUCGGAAGCAGAAGGUCCGAACUUCACGACUUCUAGAAGGGGAGGGAAAUGAAAGGCUCUCUGAAGAAGAUACUGAGUUUUUUACAAAUUGAAGGUUUGUGGCAACCCUGCGUGGAGCAAUUCUAUGGAUGCCGUUUUUGUAACAGCAUGGGCUCACUUUGUGUCUCUGUGUUUACUUCCAGUGAAGAUGCUGUGAAGAUUGUUGAAAUGACAGCAAAAGAUUUAGAAUAUUACAUAACCUUAGUUGGUAAAGCAGCAGCACUGUUUAAAAGGAUUAACUCCAAUUUUGAAAGAAGUUCUGUGGGUAAAAUGUGGUCAAACAGUAUUGCGUGCUACAGAGAAAUCCCUCGUGGGGGGAAGAAUCAACUGAUGCAACAAACUUCAUUGUUGUCUUAUUUUAAGAAAUUGCCACAGCCACCGCAACCUUCCACAGUCACAAUCCUGAUCAGUCAGCAGCCAUCAACAUCAAGGCAGGACCCUCCACCAGGAAAAAAGAUUACAGCUCACUGGAGGCUCAAGUGAUGGUUAGCAUUGUUUAGUAAUAAAGUAUUUUUAAAUUAAGGUAUGUAUAUUUUUUAGACAUAAUGCUAUUGCACACUUAAUAGACAACAGUAUAGUAUAAACGUAAUUUCUACAUGCACUGGAAAACCAAAAAAUUUGUGUGACUUGCUUCAUUGCGAUACUUGUUGAUUGUGAUGGUCUGGAAAGGAACUUACAAUAUCUCUGAGAUAUGCCUGUAAAAUAUUUCAAGUGCUCAAAAAUGUACAGAAAAAUAAUAUAAAAAAUAUUCAUGCAUCCAGUACUAGGUUUAACAGAUAUUAAUAUGCUACCAUAUUUGCUUUAGAAUCCCCCCUUCCAAAAAGGAAAAACAUAUCAUAGAUUUAGUAAGACUGUGAUUUAUAUUUUACUUAAAAUUGUGCUUUAUGAUUUAUAAGGGAAAUUACCAUUUCCCUACAUAAAAGUAGGAUUUCCUUUAAAGUUAGUAAUGGAGGAAGGAUUUCUAUGUAGUGAACAACUCCAUAGUUAUUGUUGCCAUUAUCAUAGUACCCCAGUGAACACUCCUCCCCCUUCCACACCGAAGGGCUUUCUUAAUUACUUGGUGGUAAAGGUAAUAAACACAGAUAGUAAUGUAAAGCUAGGUAAUGAGACUUGUAAGGCUUACUCAGUUUCCAUGCUACGUGGCCUACCUCCAUGUGGUGAAGGUCAAAUUCCACUAAGGUAACAUCUCAGCAUUGCCCAAUAGAACUGUCUGCGGUGAUGGAAGAGCCCUAUGCAUGUCCUGUCCAAUAUGACAACCACGAGCCACAUCUUGCUACUGGGCACUUGAAAUGUGGGUAGUGCAACUGAGAAACUGAAUUGUUCAUUUUAUUUAAAUUUUAGUAGCCACAUAUGGCUGGUGGCUACUAUAUUGGACAGCACAUGUCUAGGUCCUCAAAAUGCACAUUAAAAAUAGUAAGUCCCCAAAUUCCAGUGAGUCCUAACUCGUGGCGGGUCAGGGGAUAGACACUGACUGCAAAAGGUAACAAUGGAACUUUUGGGGAUGAUGGAAAUAUUCUUUAUCUUGAUUAUGAUGGUGACAUGGAUAUAUACAUUUGCCAAAACUCAUCUGA